UUAGAGGGAAUACUUGAGAUAAGAACAGGAAAACGUAGCGUCCCUGUUAUCGUAUGCGCCGAUGGUCUCGCCUGCGUGCGGCGUGGAGAAGCUGUGCGCACGUGGGUGCGGGAGCGGGUGCCCAUGCAGAGACCUUCGCCAUCCUUCGUCGUUAGUCCAUGGCAGGCGAAGAGGUUUGUCCGUUCCCGCCUGACACCUGACCUGCGGCGUCUGCACCUUUGCUCCUGCGUGGAUCGUAUCAUCUUCUGCGUCUUUUUGGAGGUUGACUUCAAAAUUUUCAAGAAGAAAAUGGGCGAGUUUUUCCCUCUAGAUGAUGCUAAUGAAGAAGGGACUGAGCUGUGUGAAGAGACAGAAGGAUUGGAACAAAAAGGCCAGCCUCCAUCUCCCACAAAGAGCAAAGCAGAGCAGCCUGAGGACCUGCAAGAUGAUGCUGAAGGUGGUAACGGCACAGAGGAGAAGCAAAACCCCGAAGAAACUGAGGCCCAGAGCCGAGAAGCAGAUGAGAUGAAACCUUCAGCUGUAGCCAGCCUAUCAUCUUCAGAAGAAACAGAGCUGAGUGAGGAUAAAGACUCCCUGAAAGACUCCAAAGGCGCACAGGAGAGUGACCCAGCGCAUCCUGUGGGUUGUGAACAAGAUCCAGCCAAAGGACAACAGGCUGUUUCUGCAGAGGAGGAGAUGAAAACUGGGGCAGAUUCCCAAAGCUCCUGCAUGGAAAUAGAAGAGCCAUUGUUGAACCAAGAAGACACAACAGAAGUUGAGAUACCUUUGAUUCAUGGUGCAGAGGAAAAAGAAGAAGGAGGAAAAGAAGAAGAAGAAGGAGGUAGUCAGGGCCCGGAGGAAACUUCUGCGGAGCCUAUGAAAGUUGAUCUCUCAUGUGAAGCAGCAGACAUUUCAAAUAAGGAUGCUGAAAUGAAUAGUCAAGUUGAAAGUAUAAAUGAGCCUACAGAAACAGAGCGGAAAGCUUAA